UUUCUUUUUUUUUUUUUUUUUUGGUUUUAUAAGAUAAAUGAAAACAUCAACUGCUGUAUUGAUUACAACUGGUAUAAUUGCUACUGCUGGUAUCGGCUACUUAUUGUAUUUCGAUUCCAAAAGACGAAAUAAUCCUGAAUUUAGAAAGCAAUUAAAACGUGAGCGUAAGUUGGCUGCUAAGGCAACAAAGGAGGCUGAGAAGAAUGAAAAAGAAUCCAAGUUAAAAAUGAUUGAAAAUGUAAUUAUUGAAUGUGCAAAGGAAACCUUACCUGAGACGCCUGAAGCGAAAGAAAAGUAUUUUAUGGAGCAUGUUGCUGCUGGUGAAAAGUUGUGUAACCAAGGACCUAGCUAUUAUGAUGAUGCUGUUUUACCUUUCUAUAAGGCACUUAAGGUCUAUCCCGAUAAAAUGGAAUUAAUUAUGAUUUACCAGAAAACUAUUCCUGAGCCUGUAUUCCAAAUUAUUGCUUCUAUAUUAGCUAUUGAGCAAAAAGCAAUGGAAGGACAACAAGUUGAAACCCCAGAAGCUGCUGCUGCUUCUGCUACUGGCGUAGACAUUGAAGCAUAAUAAAAAAAAGUGUAUUAAUAAAUAGUAUAUAAUAUUGUAACAUUAUUAGUAGAAAAUGGCUUGUUGUCUGAUAUGACAGUAUAGACACAUUCUAGGAUUAGGAUAGGAUAUAUAUAUAUACAUAUAUAUUUAUAAAUAGAUGGUAAGAAGUCACAUUGGGAACAAGAAAAUAAGAGAGAAUUAGUAACAGCGCAUAAUACAUGAC